AUGGAGCCCGAGGUUCGAAGUAUGUUCAAGUUCUCCGUGGUGUACAACGCGCCGCACUGUGGCGUUCGUGCCCGCAACACCGGCCUGUUUCGCAUCCUCCGAGAAAAGAUGUGGCUCCAAUACGCCGACCGCAGUGCUGAUAUCAGCGAGACGCUCGACUCUAUCGAAUUGUUAAAUUUCGACAGCGCGAGGCACACCGUGCGCGAAAUUAUCCUGCCAUCGAUGGUCCUGAGAGACCAUCUUACCGUGCAGCUUGUACUUGAACUUUCUCCGGUAAAACCGAACGGUCGGCUUUACGCAUCGUCUAGCGACGGUGAGUGGACCUGUUUUCGUAUGGAUGCUGAGUUUGAGGCCAUCUGGGGCGACUUGAACUGUGUCCAAAUCUGUCUCGAACUCGUAGAGGAGGGAUGGAUGGUCGAAACCCAUCGGUUCGACCUCUUAGCGCUACAAGACGGGCGUAUCGCGCUGCCAGAUGGCCAUGUCGUGGGAUCCAACGGCGGCGUCGAUGGGGCAUGUGCUUGGCGGCAGAGGCCUUGA